AUGGAAUCCAGUGUACAAAGUGAAAGUGAAUUAACUGAUAUGAAAGUGAAUAAUGAUACUAAUAGAAAUGGAAAAAUGGGAAAUGAAGUUAUUCCGAAAUCGUUUUCACAGAAGAUCAAAAGUUUUCUAAAUUUCUUCACUGUUGAACCAUUUUUAUUUUGUUAUAUUUUACCCAAUAUUAUUUCGUCUGUAGCUGUUCAGAAGUUAAAUAUGGAAAAAGCAUGUCGUGCUGAUCUUAACUACUCUGAAAUUAUUUGUGCCCAAGCAGUAUCUGGAGAUUUCGAUGACAAUAUCACAAAAGAAGCAUUAGGAGCAGCUCAAAAAUUAGUAGCAGAUAUGACAGCUUGGAGACAACCAUUACAGAGUGGAAUACCUGCUAUAGCAAUGCUAUUUGUUGGAGCAUGGAGUGACAAAACCGGGAAUAGAAAAUAUUUAAUGCUUAUUCCAAUUUUGGGCGAAUUGAUUUCUGCUGUUGGAUUAAUUUUUGCGACAUAUUUUUUCUUAGAAUGGCCUUUGUGGGUAACAGCAUUAAUAGAAGCUUUACCUUCAGCGUUCAGCGGUGGUAUUUCAAUUGCUCUUAUGGGCUCCUACAGUUACAUUUCUGAUGUCACCACAGUGGAAUCUCGAACGUUUAGGAUGGGUUGUGUAGCUGUUAUUGUUACGUUGGGAAUACCACUAGGAGCAUCUAUAAGUGGAGUUCUUUUAGAACUCGUCGGCUUUUAUGGUAUAUUUGGCAUUGGAGCAAUUCUAUUUACAUUUGGAUUUAUUCAUACUUAUUUUAGAAUACACGAUGUAAAAGUUGUUUACACAGAAGGCACUUGUCGACAAAAAAUUAAACAGUUUUUCGAUCCAAAAAACGCCUGGGAUACGCUUUCUCUUCUAUUUUUAUCUCCUAAAAAGCAGCUCACUCAGAUAUGGCUUAUUGUUUGGGCACAUAUUGUGGUCAUGGGUCCAGUAUUUGGUGAAGCUUCUGUUUUAUUUCUAUACACAUUAAGCAAAUUUGGUAUGGGUGUGGUAGAUUUCAGUCUAUUUUCAACGUAUUCAGUGCUCAUGGGGUUAGCUGGAACGGCUAUUGCUGUCUCAGUAUUAAGCAAAAUCCUUAAAAUGCAUGAUGCUCUUCUUGGGGUAAUAGCGACUUCGUGCAGAGUCGUAUCAAGCUUCGUGUACGGACUCGCACCUACAAAGACGUGGUUCUUCACAGGCCCUGUUUUUGAUUUUUUUGGAAAUUCCGGUUCAACAGUAGUCAGAUCUUUAGGCACCAAAGUCGUCGCUCCUAAUGAAGUUGGGAAAAUGUGUUCUCUCAUCGGUUUGGUGGAAGCAAUAGUUCCAGUUAUUUACACACCUAUGUACAGCAAAAUGUAUUCCGCCACCUAUGGAAGUUUACCUGGAGCCUUUUAUAUACUCGGUGGAGCAAUGACUGUGCCAGCGAUAUUUAUAUUUUUAUAUAUUUACUACUUACAUCGCAAACAGCAAAAAGAUGUCGUGAAAAAUCCUCAGUCGAAGGAAGAAUAUGCUCACGAAAAUGCGCUAACUGUGCUA